CAGGUGGACGCUCGCGGAGCGACUCGGGGAACUGUCAGCGCGAACACAUGUGCCAAUUCCCAUCGAUGCUCCUCCCCGCCCGCGGUGUUGCGAUGACAAUUUGACGGCGGGCAGUCCCGCGGCGAGAAUCAGAGCACUCCACCCCUGCGUCCCGCGUGCGGAAAGAUGUACGACAUCUGCCACCCCAGCUAUUAUCACCUGUGCAAACUCGGCUGUAACGACCCGAUAAAAACCAGCACCGCCUUUUACGUCUACAUCGAGCUAUGCGAAGUGAAGCGAUACUGGGACGUCAGGUACAAGUACAGCGAGGAGCUUGACGUGAUUUACUUCGAGGUGAGGAAAAGAGAGCACUCUCGCUUGGAGAUCUACGUGCCUUGGCCGAUCAAGCAUAGCAUCUGCCUUGAGAAAAUUGAGAAGAUGCAACAGUCAUUGCAAAAUGAACGAUUGACAUUUGUAUUCAAAUCUCAAGAUAGCAGCAGUGUUUUCUAUACGGUGAGCGCUGGCCUGUCGAAGCCGGUAGCACCAGACGCGAGCAAACUGCAAAAGGAAAAGGAGGAAAAGAUACUUAAUUUGGAAAAGGAAAUCCGAAGGAACACACCAAACUUAUAUGAAUUAGCAAAAACUUUAGGUUCCACUCAUGAGAUUGACGAUCAGAGUUGUCAUUCUGGUUUGAACACUGCAGAACCGUCGAGUACAGAUUCCAGUUUGAAGAUAUUAUGAUACUUUUCUUCUAUUUAAUAUAUAAUUUCGACCUAAUAUAUGUCUGCUGUUUAUAUAUCGGUAUUUAUCUUUUUCUCUUGCACACUUUACAGCUUAUGUAUCAAACACACAACAGCUAAAAGAUUCUGACACACUGGAACUGGAUCUCGUUGUAAUUUUGUCGAGCACAAUAAAAUCAUUUUCAUUACAAUAAAUACGUAUCGAUUGGAGAAAGUGCAUUUAGAAGUAUGGAGAGAUGUAUAUUUUUAAUAUUUAUUUUUUUAAGUAAUUCACAUAUAAGGUUCGAGAACUUUCGAGAACACCUCUAAGGAUUGCGUAAUUGUUUAAAGUGAUAUGUGAUAAGCUGCCACUGCAAAUAUAUAUAUGUACGAAUUAAAUAAAUUAAUUUUUAAAAAUCUUUUA